AUGAGUUGCAGGCAUCCCUUUCUCUCCAGCAAUCACGUGAAACAAGUUAUCAAUAGAGGUUUGGAUAACUAUCACCGCAAGUACAUCAUGCCUGACUCGAUUGAUCCUCUCUACCAUGUCUGUUUCGGUGGCAUGAUCUUCUCCUACCUAGUCGCUCUCCCUGAAGAGCGUCGUCAUCUCGAACACCAGCAGCACGCCAAAGAACAUGGCGGCCAUUAAUCCCUUUCUGAUCGAUCGAUCGAUC